CGGUUUUGCCCUUUAUAAACCCUCUCCUCUCCUUCCUAUCUCUCGCACCCUGAAACCCUAGCUCUACUCGAAGCGGCGUCAUGGCCCCGAAGAGAGGUGGGAAGGCCCCGGUCGCGGCGAAGAAGAAGACGGAGAAGGUCGUGAAUCCGUUGUUCGAGAAGAGGCCGAAGCAGUUCGGGAUCGGCGGGGCCCUGCCGCCGAAGAGGGACCUCACCCGCUUCGUGAAGUGGCCGAAGGUGGUGCGGAUCCAGCGGCAGAGGAGGAUCCUCAAGCAGAGGUUGAAGGUGCCCCCGGCGUUGAACCAGUUCACCAGGACCCUUGAUAAGAACCUCGCUACCAACCUAUUCAAAAUGCUUUUGAAGUACCGCCCUGAAGACCGAGCUGCUAAGAAGGAGCGGCUUCUGAAUAGAGCUAAGGCUGAGGCUGAAGGAAAGACUGUCGAAUCUAAAAAGCCCAUUGUGGUGAAAUAUGGCCUCAACCACGUUACCUACCUCAUCGAGCAGAAAAAGGCACAGUUGGUAGUCAUAGCCCAUGACGUCGACCCGAUCGAACUUGUUGUUUGGCUUCCUGCGUUGUGUAGGAAAAUGGAGAUCCCUUACUGCAUCGUCAAGGGAAAAGCGCGGCUUGGAGCGAUUGUUCACAAGAAGAACGCAGCUGUCCUCUGUUUGACCACAGUCAAGAAUGAAGAUAAGCUCGAAUUCAGCAAGAUCCUUGAGGCUAUUAAGGCGAACUUCAACGACAAGUUUGACGAGAUCAGGAAGAAGUGGGGCGGCGGUAUUAUGGGAUCGAAAUCACAAGCAAAAACAAAGGCUCGCGAAAAGCUUCUCGCGAAGGAAGCUGCUCAGAGGAUGAGCUAGAUUUUUCUCUUCAAAUUUUGGUUUUCAUGUUUUCUACUUAGUUUGGGGCAGGAACUUUAGCAGUGGUGGUAAUCGUAGUCGCCUGAAUCGGACAAAAGAGUUUUUGUUGUUGCUUUGAGGAACUCAAAUAUGCCAUUUUUUUUUUUUCAAGUCUCUUUUUAAAAUUCUAAGGUAAUACACUUUGGAUUUGGGCUUUAGAUGAUUGAAUAUUUGAAUUGUGUUUUUUAUUUUUAAUGAAUAUUUUCCUGUUGCCACUCAGUUCCAAA